AUGGUUCACUCUAUUACUUUCAUCCCUCUUUUGCUUACUGUAGCUUCCGCCGCCUUUUCUUCCUGGCCAAACCCAAGUGGCUCCACAAGUAUACCCUCUACCAUCACCGUGAAGGCUGGUGAAACGUACGAUGGAGAGAGUGCUAGAUUCAUUUCUGGAUGGGGUGGUGGUGACCAAGAAGAAGGUCAAAAUCCUCUCUUCAACUUGGAAGAUGGUGCCACCAUCAAGAACUUGGUUAUUGGUGCUCCAGCUGCUGAUGGUAUUCAUUGUUUGGGAUCAUGUACUAUUGAGAAUGUGUGGUGGGAAGAUGUUGGAGAAGAUGCUGCCACUUUCAAAGGAUCUUCUAGUGACACCUACUUGGUCAGUGGUGGUGGAGCCAAGGAAGCCGAUGACAAGGUGUUCCAACACAACGGAAAUGGCACUGUUACUAUUAAGAACUUCCAGGUAGGGAUAGAUGAUCGAAGGAAAGAGUUCUUAACUUUUAACUCUUAGUUAUAAGACCUACUGUCAACCUUCAAAAGCCUAAAAAAAUACAAAAUGUUUCAGGCCGAGAACAUUGGAAAGCUCUACCGUUCCUGUGGCAACUGUGUCUACAACGGUGACGACCGUCAUGUUAUCAUUGACACAGUAAAGCUGACUGGAACCACUAAAGUCAUUGCCGGUAUCAACAAGAACUACGGAGACUCAGCCACUUUCUCCAACAUUGAAAUCGAUGGUACUGUGAAGGUUGUAUGUGAAACUUACACUGGAACCACUGAUAACGAUGCUGAGCCCGUUGCCGUUUCUGAGUACACGCAAACUGAAAAUGGUGAUGGAAAGUACUGCAUCUACAAGACUUCUGACUUGCAGAUUGACUAA